UUCCGCUCAACCUAAUCUGUUAUUGGCAUUCAAUCGAAAAACAUGGUCAUUUUGUAUUACAAGCUUUUAUUCUGCUUCUACCACGCACGCUGUAAAUUCACCCGGAUAUUAAAUCUUAACCUUCAAAUUAAUUUCAACACAAGAUUAGCACCUAUGUGCCCCGAUGCAAACAAAAACAUGCCUCAUAAUUGAUUUGAAGUGAAUUUAAACCUUUAAUCACCUUAAGUCACGUAAGAUGACACUCAUGCCCUUAAACAUAAUGAGAAAAACAGUCAUGAUUUGAUAAGCUAGGCACCUGAAUGAAGAUCCUAAUCCUGCACUCAUUCACAACUGACUUUUCACUGUCGACUGACAAUCUCUGAUGGAUUACUCAUCCGUACCGUACAUGAUGCAGCGGGGUUUCCUACCUGCACCACCCAUUAAAAGUGACAGAGUUUGGUGGCCUUGAGCAAUUGACGCACAGGUAGCUUAUAAAAGACGACAAGAUGAGGGUCUCAGACAUCAGAGACAAGCAAACGCACACAUAACCAGACAGAUCAGAGAUCCUCAGAGAGAACAACUUUGGCCGGCUGACUUCUUUCUGCACAACAGAUAUGGUGAGGGGAGUGAGGAUGUUGUGUCCUGCUUGGCUCUUGGCUCUGGCUGUUCUGUGUGCGGGUGGAUCUGAAGUCAGAGCUCAGUGCUGGGAGAACACCCGCUGCAGAGACCUCACCACUGACGAGAACAUCUUGGACUGCAUACAGAUAUGCAGGUCUGAUCUGACAGACGAAAGCCCCGUCUAUCCUGGAGAAAGCCAUCUGCAGCCUCCCUCGGAGCCGGAGCAAACAGAGGUCCUCGCGCCCCUGUCUCCAGCGGCCCUCGCUCCUGCUGAGCAGAUGGACCCCGAGUCCAGCCCUCGGCACGAGCACAAGCGUUCCUACUCCAUGGAGCACUUCCGCUGGGGAAAGCCGGUGGGUCGCAAGCGCCGGCCUAUCAAGGUGUACACAAAUGGCAUGGAGGAGGAAUCCGCCGAGACUCUCCCAGCCGAGAUGAGACGCGAGCUGGCUACCAAUGAGGUCGACUAUCCUCAAGAGGAGGGCGCUUUAAACCAGCAGGAUAAGAAGGACGGCUCCUACAAAAUGAACCAUUUCCGUUGGAGCGGCCCGCCCGCUAGCAAGCGCUACGGAGGCUUCAUGAAGUCCUGGGACGAGCGCAGUCAGAAACCCCUUCUCACGCUCUUCAAAAACGUCAUAAACAAAGAGCACCAGAAGAAGGACCAGUGAAGGGGUUUUAAUGGCGGGGUCGGGGGGCGAAUAGGGAGUUGUUUUUAAUAUACUUUUCUUCCCAGCAAACUUAUCACGCAUAGUCAACAAAACGAGGGUGGGUGUUGUUACGAGUAGCACUUAAUUCUUGACGCUUAAGAGUUUAUUCACAUCGUAUUCGACAAUAAAUUCUGAAUUCUGUACAUAGAAAUGCUGUGGUGAUUAAAUACCCGUUUGGAGGCUAAAGAAACAGCAUUUUAGAUCGAAAUGUAUUAUACUGUAAAUGUUGAAAAUGUCACAUGAUUGUUUCGAGAGGAAAAGAACAAAAGUUCAUUUCUGAGAAAUAAGCGUUCAUUAGAAUCAUUCAGACGUACGUGCAGUUGCCAAUAAAGCUAUAAACACAGGUCAGGACUUUGAAUUCAUAAAAUUAGUCUUUAAUCGAUAUUCUUGUUAUUCACACCACAUAUGUACAUCACUUAAUGAUUUCAUGUAGGCAAACAUUCACAGAACACAGUUCUGAAGUCUCAUCCUUUUACAGUGACGGCAUCUAAACACAACUAAGUUGACUUAUUACGGUCCACAGUGUUGUAAUGAUCUCACUUAAAUGAAAAAAAUGGGAAAAUCACGGACAAAACACCCAGUGCAUGCAGCAGCAGCUGACAAGGAAAGACUAAACUCUGAUAUUUCGUACAUGCAAAAUCACCUCACAUGUAAGCGGUCUAGGAUAUUUCAUCAUAGCCAUAUAGACAGAGAAGAUAAAACCCAUUUGUUUUUAUGCUUGCAAAUCAAUUCAAGGUUUCACCAAAGAUGAAUAUAAAAUAAAAUACCGUUAACAUGAAAAAUGACUUGAUGAACUAAAAACAUCAUAAACGUCCACGCUUUUAUGUGGUACCAGGAACAAUAUGACAGGACAACAGAUAACACACCAUAAAGUUUAGACAGGAACACAUCAAGAUGAAAUUUCGCACAACAUGAAGUAUAUUUUCCAGCAUACACCACAUUUACACAGUGAGCUUUAAAGUGCUGCGUUUAAAUCCAGGACAACGAAAUCUCAAUGUAAACCUGAAAUUGUUCACAAAUUGAGGUAAAAUAAAACACAAAUCAUGGUUAAAAAGGUAGACGAUCCCUUUAGACCCCAAGCGGGGGUUUUAUUUUUUUUUUUAAUGGAAUUUACCUCUAGAACUUUUACCUUUUAAUUCUGUGGGCGAAAUGACAUUAUGGCAAUGAGAAUUUCCCAUGAGGCGGCUUGUUUUGGCCAACGGAAAGCUGCUCUAUAAAGAGAAUAUAGCAAAAUACAGUCAUUUCAAUAGGAAUACAAUACACAUCAGAGCAAAGGAUUUC